AUCAAGAUUCUCUCAGUGUGUGUGCUGUGUGAAGUGUCUCCGCAGCGCUCGCACUUGCACUCACGCUCAGCCGAACACAUUCACACGCACAUGUUCACACACACACACACACACACACACACACACACACACACACACAAAGAAGAGGAGGAGGACGGCUCAGGAUUAAGGCUGGACUAACUUUCCGCUUCUCUGAGAUGGACUGAAGUGAGUGUACGCUGUCCUGCACACUCGUACAAGACGCACAACUCCUCCGGAUCUCCACAGCGUCCUCGUCCUCAUCCUCGUCCUCACUGGCCGUCAUGCAGGUGUCCAUCGCCUGCACCGAGCACAAUCUGAAGGGCCGGAAUGGAGAACACGGCAAGCAGAGUGCCACCAGUCCUAACGUGGUGAACGCAGCUCGCGCCAAAUUUCGCACCGUGGCCAUCAUCGCGCGCAGCUUCGGCUCCUUCACCCCACGUCACCACAUCUCUCUCAAAGAGUCCACCGGAAAACACACGGGAAUGAAGUACCGGAACCUUGGGAAGUCUGGAUUACGAGUAUCAUGUCUGGGUCUUGGAACCUGGGUGACUUUUGGAGGUCAGAUAUCUGAUGAGGUAGCAGAGCAGCUGAUGACCAUUGCCUAUGAGAGCGGUGUGAAUCUGUUUGACACGGCUGAGGUUUACGCUGCAGGAAAAGCUGAAGUCAUCCUGGGAAACAUUAUCAAGAAAAAGUGCUGGAGGAGAUCCAGUUUAGUGAUUACAACAAAGCUCUACUGGGGAGGAAAAGCCGAGACUGAAAGAGGUCUUUCCAGAAAGCAUAUAAUAGAAGGUCUCAAAGGCUCCCUACAGAGGAUGCAGCUGGAAUACGUAGACGUGGUCUUCGCCAACCGUCCUGACAGCAACACGCCGAUGGAGGAGAUCGUGAGGGCGAUGACCCAUGUGAUCAACCAGGGGAUGGCUAUGUACUGGGGGACGUCCCGAUGGACAGCCAUGGAGAUUAUGGAAGCGUACUCAGUGGCGAGGCAGUUUAACCUCAUCCCCCCAGUGUGCGAACAGGCCGAGUAUCACCUCUUUCAGAGGGAGAAAGUGGAGGUGCAGUUGCCCGAGCUCUACCACAAGAUAGGCGUAGGAGCCAUGACAUGGUCACCCCUCGCCUGUGGAAUCAUCACCGGAAAGUAUGAAAAUGGCAUCCCAGAAUCCUCCAGAGCUUCGAUGAAGUCGUACCAGUGGCUGAAGGAGAAGAUCUUCAGUGAGGAUGGGAGGAAGCAGCAGGCUAAGCUGAAGGAGUUAUCUCACAUCGCUGAGAGGCUCAGCUGCACUCUGCCACAGCUGGCUGUAGCCUGGUGUCUGAGGAACGAAGGAGUGAGUUCGGUUCUUUUAGGAACUUCUAACCCAGAACAGCUAACAGAAAACCUGGGAGCCAUUCAGGUUCUACCCAAGAUGACGUCCCAUAUAGUGACCGAGAUUGACCACAUACUUGGAAACAGGCCGUACACUAAGAAGGACUAUCGCUCGUAGGGGUUUGGGUUACAUCGUCCUGGUGCAUUUCCUGAUCUGAACACCUCUCUCCUCCUCCUCCUCCUCCUCCUCCUUCUCCUCUUCUUGGGUUUGCUCUCUCAAAGGGAUCUGUGAGAGAGCCUCGCCUCGCCUCGCUUCGUCUAGCCUCGCACGUGUCCUGUUUGUGCAUGCCCCCUGUGCCCCUUACUAAUUCAACAGCUACACAUCAUCAUGAUGUCAAACACCGUCUGUGGAAUAAAAAAAUAUGCACACAAAAUCACAAAUCGUCACGAAGCAAGCGAACGUCGUGCUCCGAGAGCCGCACCGCUGACACCCUACUCCGACCUCGGAACUGUCCCGAUCCUCACGUGUCUUCUGCUCGGUGAGCUUUGAGCUAAGGGAUGUACUAGAGACCUGGAGAUUGUAGAGGCUGGAAGUGUAGAGCAUGUCUGACUCUGCUGAUGGAACGGGAGAACUUCAGCCUGGCUUUCGAUCAGCUGAAGAGGAACAAGGUGUCCCGUUCCAUGCAUCCGUACUGGUCUUUGCUUGCUUAACGAAAGCUUGCGUUAGUAAUCGCAUCUGAUUAAAGAAAGCCUGUUUCCUUUCUUUCUCUUUUUUUAGAUAGCGUGACAAUGAUCACAUUGCGCUUUUGGCAGAAAACUGUAUGGCUUCUGAGCUGUGAACGAAGCCGGAUCUCGUAACGGUUGCGGAUCCGGAUGAUGUUUUCAGAUUAAAUUAUAUUCCAGAUAUACAGCAUUGUAGAAUGAACUUAAACAUGUAAAUAGUGCAUCUUAAAUAACCAGCAAACACAGCGAAAGCUUUGACUACUGUGUUCCUGUUAGCUUUUUCACCUAAUAUCUGUUUGUUUAUUAGCAUAAAGCACAACUGGGUUCAAUAGCUAUAUUUACAUGCAGACUAAUAAUCUUGUUAUAAUAAUCUGAUUAAUAAUCUAAUUGGAAUAAAAUAAAAAAAAAUGACAUUUAUUACGUUCGCUUUUCGCAUUUUAAUCCUGUUUAUUCGAAAUAGAGAGCGAUCUAAACGAACUGAUACGCACUUGUAUGAUCUUUCCGAUAUAAUAAAAAUGAGCAUGUAAACCUUUUAAUCCCAUUAUUUUUAGUUUAGAGAUGUUGCACGUGCGCAGUCGAGUCGUUAGACGUCACGGCGCCUCAAAACAAAGUUCAUAUUAGAUAUUUUAAAUUAUUUAACAAAUAACUGAAUAAUAACACACAACGUUGAGGCGUAUUUCUGCCAUAAUAGAUAUAUCUA